UGUUUCAGUUUUCUAAUCAGGCCACCCUUGUUUCUGUCCCGAACACCAAUAGAGGAAUUCCGCGUGGGAGGCUGGAAUUGCAGUUUGUAACUGAGUAAAAGGGACAGGACGAUUAAUGAGAUGACGGUUUAAUAGAGUCCUAGGCUGGUUGAAAGGAUCUUAAAUCCCAUCUCACUCUACCCCUGCCAUGAACAGCAACACCUUCAACCAGACCAGGUGGAAGACCAGAUAAUUUCUCAAGUCCAGGCUGGUUUUUGGGUGCUGGAAACAUAUUUUUUCACUUUUUGCUGCACCGUGGGUAGAGAUUAUUGUUUUGCAUAGCAAUUUUGGAAGAACUGAGGCAGGAUGCACUGAAUGACUGCUGACAUAAACAGAGAGUUUUCCUUAGGUGAUGUUUCAGGUAAUGCCUGGGUGGCAACUUUUGAGAAUACCAGUUGGGUUGUUCUUCUCCUUCUCCUCUUUCCUGUUUGGAAUGAGGAGCUCUGUCCAGUUGCUGCAUUCCUCCUUAGGAGUUGUUACUGGUUUCAGAAGUUUGAGUUCUCUUCUAUCAUCUCAGUCUGGGGGUUAAAUUCCCCCCCUCCAUUGGAAAGGUCAGAGCCUGUAUUCCCAGGGUUUGUUUUUAGAGGCAGCCCUUGGCUGAGCUGGCAUUGGACACUUGCUUGGCUUGCUGCCAUUUCCAAAUUUAAGUCGGGGCUGUCCUGCUGCAGCACCGAGGGAGCUGCAGCUCAGAGUCACUGCAAGUGAGCCCCUUUCUCAGGAAGGCAGUGCAGAAAGGGAAGCUCAUGGAUUUCACAAGCACUGUCAUCGUGCCGCUGCUUUUCGGCAGCCUGGGCAUCUUCGCGCUGUUCCGGCUGCUGCAGUGGAUGCGGAUGCGAGCCUACCUGCAGCAAGCAGUGGUGGUGAUCACAGGGGCCACCUCUGGCCUGGGGAAAGAAUGUGCCAAAGCUUUCCAUGCAGCUGGCUCCAAGGUGGUGCUCUGUGGCAGAGACAGUGAGAAACUCAAAGAGCUUGUGCAGGAGCUUUGUGCUGUGAAGAAUCACCGUAAAAAUACACAUGAGCCUCACUCUGUGGUGUUUGACCUCUCGGACACCAAAACUGUGGUAAAUGCUGCUGAGGAGAUCCUGAAGGCCUUGGGUCACGUGGACAUCCUGAUCAACAAUGCUGGCAUCAGCUUCCGAGGCACAAUCGUGGACACAGGGCUGGAUGUGGAUAAGAAAGUGAUGGAAACAAAUUACUUUGGGCCUAUAGCCCUCACCAAAGCACUUCUCCCCUCCAUGAUCAAGAGGAGACAAGGCCACAUUGUGGCCAUCAGCAGCGUGCAAGGCAAAAUAAGCAUUCCUUUCAGAUCUGCAUAUGCUGCCUCUAAGCACGCUACCCAGGCCUUCUUUGACUGCCUGCGAGCAGAGGUGGAGCAGUAUGACAUUGAAGUGACAGUUGUGAGCCCUGGGUACAUCCAGACAAACCUGUCCCUCAAUGCUGUCACAGCGGAUGGAUCUCGCUAUGGAGUUAUGGACAAGACCACGGCCGAGGGACAGACGGCGGCCGAGGUGGCUCAGGUGGUUCUCAAUGCAGUGGGACAGAAGAAGAAGGAAGUGCUUGUGGCUGGCCUGACCCCCUGCCUGGCUGUCUACCUGAGGAACCUCUGCCCCAGGCUCUUCUUCACCUUAAUGGCAUCUAGAGCAAAAAAGGAGAGAAAAGUCAAGGGCUCUUAGAGCUCAGCUGCCCUGAGCAGGGAGAGGCUGAGCCCCUGCAGUCGGCUGGGACAUCACUGGAGGUGCUCCUGCAGGAAAAUCCUUUCUCAAAAUGCUGUUUACCAUUGCAUGGAGACUGGGAAGUGGUUUCCCCCACACUGCUGGAAGACAGCACCUAAACCUCAGCUGGAGAAGGAAGGGUGCUUGGACAAUGGGGGAGAGCUGAGGCUGCAGGGGAGGGGUCAGGGAAACACUGCAGCCAGGGAGCCCCUGGCUGGGAGAGUCCUCCCCUCACUCCAGGCAUGCUCAGCUUUACUGGCCUGCUACAAAUAAAACCCACCUGUUCUGCCUUCACACCAGCAGACCUUGGCUGUCCCCACCCCUGUGAAAUACAGUCCUCAGCUGGGAACUCUCGUGAUCAGUGUCUCAUUCCCACUCCUUCCAGUCUGAUCCAGGACAUGCUGCUUGCAGUGGGAAACCUCACAGCCUCUUCCUGUUAACGUGCCAAGUCAGCUGAUAAAUUAAAUCAAUCCAGUGCCACUUUUAAAGAAGUAACUGAUGCACAA